AUGGAGUGCUUUAAGUGUUCAAUAGAAUUUGAAAACCAAGUCCAUAUCCCUCGCAUUCUAACUUCAUGUGGCCACACACUCUGCGAGUUUUGCCUUAAGUCACUAUUUGAAAAUAAAGCAAUUACAUGUCCUCAGUGUAACGUCAUAUCUUCAGCACCCACAAUUCUGUCUUUUCCAACCAAUCUGGCUCUGAUGCAAAUCCAGACCCAGAAAACCUCUCAAAAUGUUUGUGCAAAGCACAAUAAAGACAUCGAAGCUUUUUGUUAUACUGAUAAAAAACUCCUAUGUGUCAGCUGCAUUCUUGAAGAUGGCCACAAGUCACAUGAAAUGACCACGAUAAAUAAAGCAGCAGCUAAGCAAAGGGAAAAGCUGGAAAUUUUAAAUGCAUCGAUUUCUCAAAUUGAAGGAAAUUUAAAUGAUGAGCAAGAUGAGUUAGAGAAAAGGACAAGCAGCAUCAAUACGACACAUGAUAAAUUAAUAGAAGAGUUUUCAGGAUUAUAUCAAGCUGUACGAGAAGCCAUUGACAGCCGAGAAAAAGAAAUCGUUCAAAGAAUCAAAGAAACUGCGGAUUCCUUGAUGAACGACAUUAAUGAAAGAAAAAACCUGCACAAAGAAAUGAUAAGGUCUAUUAAAAAAUAUAAAAAUGAAUUAAAUAAAGCUGAGGAAGAAAAUGAUUUGUCGUUUAUACAGAAUUUCAACCAGAGAGAAAGCUUACUCCCCCCCCCCCUCCGUGAGCGAACAAAAAAAUUUUGUUCGCUCACGGAGGGGGGUUAAUUUUUUUUUUUAAAAAAAAUUUAUAUAUAAAUUUUAUAAAAAAUAUAUUUUUUUCGAAAUUUAAAAAAAUCCUAAUUUGCAAAAAAUUGGGAAGCAAAUAUUAAUUUAAUUUGCAAAAUUUAUGUUUUAAAAACGCAAUUUGUUUAAAAUUAAACAGAAUUAGCUCUAGAUUUCAUUAUACUAAUUAUCACUUAUAUAUCCAAAUUUUUUUCAUUAAAAAUUUUUUCUAUUAAAAAAAUUUUUGUUCACUCACGGAGGGUGGGUUUUUGGUCAAAAAAUGGCGAUUUUUCUAAUGGUUUUGUUCGCUCACGGAGGGGGGGGGGGGGAGUUUAGGGAAAAAUAUUUGCAAGAAAACUCCGCCGUUACAAAAAGUUGAUUUAUUUUCACAAUUUUCAAGAGAGGUUGAGUCAGAUUUUGUGUGCAAAGUUAUAAAGCAAACUUUCGUGUUUCCAGCAAGGGCUGUUACGAAGAGAAAAAGUGAAGAAAACGUAGAAAAGUAUAUAAACCCUACCCCAACCCCAGCUCAAAGUAAAGAAAUUGCAAAACCAAGUCUUUCUGAUCAGCAAACGAUAAGAAAAACCCCAGCUAUGGCUAAAAAAGAAGCAGCUACCCGUCCGAAGUCUAAUACAAUAGUAAAAAAGCCAGUCAAAAAAGUCACUAGAACUAUAAACCUAAACAAAGAAAUCCCAGCAUCAGACAUGAACUGGCUCGAUGACAUUUCAGCUAUCACAAGCCACCUGAACGAAGAAGACACCCUCUCUACAAUUUCCCUUGACCUCACUCAUUUAAGACAUAAUUAA